AUGUCGAUGGAAGGUAAAGAGAGAGUAAUUUUGACAAUUAUUAUGAUGCUAUGGUGGGGUGCGGGGAACUGUACGGCGUUCGAUUCAACAGUUGCACAAGAUGGUUCUGGCGAUUACAAAACAAUUACCGAAGCAGUAAUUGCAGCACCGAAAAUGAGUACAAAAACAUACUUUAUACAUGUCAAAAAAGGAACUUACAAUGAAAAUGUCACUAUUCCGAAUGAGAAACCAAAUAUAGCCCUUGUUGGUGAUGAAGUAUACGGCAGUGGUUUUAUUGGGAUUUCGUUGACAAUCAGAAAUACUGCUGGACCAGAAGGUGGUCAAGCAGCUGCAUUAACAAUUGCUCCUUUUAGAGGCUUUACUUCAUUUUAUCAAUGUAGUUUUUUGGGUUACCAGGAUACAAUUUUUUCCUCGGAUACUUCAUUUUUCAGAGAGUGUUUGAUAUUUGGUACAAUCGAUUUUAUCACUGGUAGCGGACGUGCUAUAUUUCAAAAUUGUCGUCUUAAAGCAAGGCCACCAAUACAUGGACAAGGAGUUAGAAUACUUGCUCCAGGGGAAGAUAGCAUUACUUCGAAUCCGGGGUUAAUUCUUCAGAACUGUAACAUAUCAACUACAAGACAAUUUAACAAGACGGAAAUUGAAAGUUUUUUAGGUUGGCCUUGGAUUAAUGGAGGGAAGGCAGUAAUUAUGUCUAGUUAUAUUAGUGAUUUUAUUGACCCAAGAGGGUGGAGUGAAAAUCCACAAGUGACGCAGACAUAUAUGGCGGAGUAUAAUAACAGGGGACCAGG